GUCGAGGACUUUUCUCCCCCACCUUCACCUGAAGUGGAGGAGGGUGAAUUGUCUGUGGACACAGGGCCGGAGCCAUAUCAAUUCGAGCCCCUGGCUCAAACUGCGGUUUUAACGCCCGCAUCGCGAUCGGCAUCCGACGAUGCUAGCGAAGCAGCCGCGCAAGGGAGAAUGGGGCCAGUGUCUAGCUCGUACCAAGGGCGUGGUGAGCUGGAACCUGCUUACGUCAGCUCUCACCGCUUACGUCACGAACUACCGCAAACAGCCAAUAGGAAAAUUCAACUGCAGUAGCCACCGUUCAACCUGAAGAGGGCAGCACUCAGACGUUUUUACACCAUAUAUUGUAGAAUUAAAACACUUUAUACACAAAUGUCAAAAAAAUUACUUGAAUCAAUGACCAGUACUAAUAAAGCCCCAUUCUUACAGAUCAUUAACUAAAAAAAGUUGGUUUAGGGUUUAGUUACCCUUUAAUGCAUGCAAAUACAAUUUUUUAAUUGGUGGACUGUAUAACGUGGUUAAAGAUUAGUUAUUUUUUUCUCAACACAUGCAUAUGUGCAAUAGGAACCUUUAUGAAUGAGAACUUGUCGGCUGUUUACCUAAGAACAUUUACCUACUUGCCACAAUGUUACGCUUUCACUUUAGAAGUUGCAGGGCUCAGGAUAAGGAAUGAAGAGCUGAGAAAGUGUGUGCAGGUAAAUGAAGGACAAGUCAGCAGCAAGUUAACCCUGCAAGAGUGUAGAACAGAUUCAGCUCUACAACAGUGGGAGUGGGACGCUGUAACUCGCUCCAUCAGUAACCCACAGAUGGGAGGGUGUUUAACUGCACCCCAGAUCCAGGAGCAUGAGAGUGUUUGGCUGCAAGCUUGCAGGUCUGCGGAGGAAGAUCGUGAGGGCCAGAACUGGAGUUGCUCUAAAAAAGGUCUUCUGACAUUACAUGGCAAGGGUCUGCACCUGAGCGCACGGCAUGAUUCCUCCAAGGUUUUCCUUUCCAAAGGCCGCGGGAAAGGGAGCAAGUGGAGGACACUGGCUAAUCAAACGGUAUGCGAGGAGACAGACAGCACACAUCGUGGUCAGAAUGAGUUAAAAGAGUCUCAACAGACACUUCCAACUGGACCCCGAAUCCUCACUAAUGUUCGCUAUUGGCAUUCUGGGAAUAAUGGCCUGCAGUCCACCGAGGUGACACAGAGUUCAGAGGCAUCGCCUGAUCCUCAAAGCAGCAUGGAGCCUGGGGAACCUUCUGUAAAUGUUUUUACUUCAGAUUACGGAACAAGCUGGAAAAUUACAAUGUUGUUUCUAAGCACCUUUGCCCUGUUACUUGGACUUGUAAUCCUCACCCUUAACAUCUAUCAGAACAGGUGGAAGAAGACUGUUGUUGUGCUGAAAUCCUACACUCCAACUGGAGAGGUCAGUCAACCAGGGUCUCCGGUGCCUAGUGAGCGAGCCCCUCUAACCCAACACCCCAUGAAACUUGCCAAGUCACCUUCCAUUCGGCGUGGGGAGAUCCUUGUUGAGUGGAAAGAUGGAACAGUCACACCCCUGUUUGAAACUUACCUAACUGACUAACCUCCAUACAUUGUUACAUUAAUGUUAUGUGGGAGCAAAUGGUUAGAAUGGAAACAUACAUUUUCCUGUUUUGUUUUUAUGCUAAGAUUUUUUGUGAAGAAAUGGGUGAGAGAAACUCAUGUAUCAUUCCCAAGCAAAUGGACAGAACUGCAUUGGGGGAUUUAUUCACAUAUGCAACAUGUGACAAAAAUCACAGACAUCUGUGCUCUUGCAAACAAAAUACCAUCCCUCAAUGCCAACCUUUAAAACAGAGGUUGGGUACUGAUCAAAGACAAAAGUCUGUUA